UAAGAAAAUGGGGUAAUAAGAAUGGCUCUCCAUGCUUUAGGGAUUUGAACAAAGUAGCAAAACAACAAAAAAUAGAAUUCGUAAAAAAGAAGCAAAACAAUUACCCCUUCUUCUCGGAUGGAUCAUCGGAGAAGUUUCAUUGUUCUUCAUGUAUUCUGAUUGGCUUCAAUUUGAUCUCUUUUUCUUUCUCUCUCCUUUCGCUUCCUUCCUCUGUUUUGGCUUCUUUAACAAUCUCCCAAAAUACUCUUCCCUUUAACGUGGGUCCUUCAAUCUUUUGAAGGACCCCGCCAUUGUUAAUCACCUUUCAAAAAAAAAAGAUCCUUUUUUUGUUUUGGUUUUAGGCUUUUAGAUUAUUGAACAACACGAAAUUGAUUUUGAAUGAUAAUCAUGAUGAAUUGUUUUCCGUGUUUCACUUCACAAAAGAGCAGAAACCCUCCCUGUACGACGAACGAUACUAACGAAAACGUUGAACACGACGAAUUCAGACCACCUGUUGCUGCGACGACGAAACGAAUUGAAGAAAGAGAAACAGAGCAAACGCCGUUGAAAACAUUCAAUUUCCGGGAGUUAGCGACGGCAACCAAGAAUUUCCGGCAAGAAUGUCUUUUAGGAGAAGGUGGAUUCGGUAGGGUUUACAAAGGAACUCUUCAAUCUACUGGCCAGUUGGUAGCUGUAAAGCAGCUGGACAAGCAUGGACUACAUGGUAACAAAGAGUUUCAAGCUGAAGUCUUGUCAUUGGCCAAACUCGAACACCCGAAUCUUGUUAAGCUUAUAGGAUAUUGUGCUGAUGGCGAUCAACGGCUUUUAGUCUUUGAGUAUGUCUCUGGAGGUUCCCUUCAAGACCAUCUUUACGAACAAAAGCCAGGCCAGAAGCCGAUGAAUUGGAUAACGAGGAUGAAGAUUGCGUUUGGUGCAGCGCAAGGAUUGGAUUACUUGCACGAUAAAGUUAAUCCACCGGUGAUAUACCGAGAUUUGAAAGCUUCUAACAUCUUGUUAGAUGCUGAGUUUUACCCUAAGCUUUGUGAUUUUGGUAUGCAUAAUCUAGAGCCAGGAACAUGUGAUAGCUUGUUUCUUUCUUCUCGGGUUAUGGAUACUUAUGGUUAUUCCGCGCCUGAGUACACUCGAGGGGACGAUCUCACUGUCAAGUCAGAUGUUUAUAGCUUCGGAGUUGUGUUGCUCGAACUCAUCACCGGUAGAAGAGCUAUUGACACCACUAAGCCUAAUGAUGAACAAAAUCUAGUUGCUUGGGCACAACCGAUAUUUAGAGAACCGAAAAGAUACCCGGAUAUGGCAGAUCCUCUUAUGAGGAAAAACUUCUCAGAGAGAGGGUUAAAUCAAGCAGUGGCAAUAACAUCAAUGUGUCUACAAGAGGAACCAACUGCUCGUCCUUUAAUAAGUGAUGUAAUGGUUGCUCUUAGCUUCCUUUCAAUGUCUACAGAAGACGGUAUUCCAACCACAGUUCCAAUUUUAUCCUUCAGGGACAAAAGCAUGUCGAUUGCUUUAAGCAGACACGGUUCUUGCUCUGUAACUCCAUUUUGUCUUUCUCGGAAAGAUGAAGACAAAAAAUCCAGUUCUUCAUCAGACUCAGAGGAUGAAGAAGAAGAAAAAGAAGGAAAAGAAGAAAAAGAAGAAGAAGAAUCAAUGAGGAGUAAGAAAAAACAAGAGCAGGAAGAAACCGCUACGGAUUCAGAUGAUGGGUCUGAUUCAAACUCUGUAAAGGGUCAAGAAGAGGAACAUUCUCAGUUAGAGAAAGCCAGAGAGUCUUGCAGCUCCUCCUCUGACUCUGGAAGUGGGAGAAGAUCCAUUGAUGAAACAAACGCAACUGCACAGAGCUUGAAGAUAAAGUACAGUUAUAGCUCUGAGGAAGAAGAUAACGAGAAGCUAAGCAGUAAAAGCAGCUCUACAUCAAACGAAGAAAGCACUUUUUCGCGGUAUGAUAGCGAUAGAGAUCACGAUGAUUCAUCAAGAAACACAAGCAUGCGAAUCAAUAGUCUUGCUCAUGAUGAUAAUGAGGAAGACGAGGAGGAGAAUCAUGAAACUCGGAGCUAUACAGAUCACGAUGAUUCGCCAAGAAACACGAGCAUGCGAAUCAAUAGUCUUGCUCAUGAUGAUGAUGAGGAAGACGAGGAGGAGAAUCAUGAAACUCGGCUUGAACACAUUCAUAGCUCGAAAUCUGAAGACCAAAGUGUUUAUUCAGAUGAUGAUGCCGGCGAGGCAAGUGGUGAGUCGUCUUUGCAUAGGAUCGAAGCAGAGGAAGAAGAACACAUUUCUUCUGAUCAUGAUUAAUCUUUUGCAACAAGAAAAAAAUGUUUCAACUUUUCGUUUUGGAACAACCCAAUUUGUCAUAUAAGUCUAAUAUACAUAUAUAACAUUUCUUUUGAGAAA